AUGGGGUCACUCUUUAAGCUGCGCGACCACUGGUACGGCAGCUACCGCGGGGAGGAAUUUAGCCACACCUCCGCGCUGACGCUUGGAAACGCAGCCAACAGCCCCGAUGAUGAGAAUGAAAUCAUCUUUGGGUCCUUCUCAGGGACGCUGCGGGUGCUGCUACCAAAGAAGAAGGGCGCGAUGCAACCGGAAGACACUCUCGUAGAAAAAGACUUUGGUGCACCUAUUCUGCAGGUCGCGUGUCGACCUUUGGAGCCGGUUGUGGGUGGCCAACCAAGAAACUUGAUAGCAGUUUUAUCUCCGAGGCAGUUGUUCCUGGCCCGCCUGUUUUGCGAGCGAAACACGGAGGUUGAGGAAGGCAACACAAGCGCUUUGCUCAAUAAAUCAUAUCGGCUCACAGUGCACUAUGAAGCGCGUCUGGAUAGCACCGCGUACAACUUUACUUGCGGUAGGUUCGGCCACGCACCAAAUGAAAUGGUAUGCGUUCAGUCCAUGGACGGGCAACUCACAAUUGUGAACCACAACUCGGUUGUGUCCCACUGCUUUCUUCCAAGCUCACAGUUUUUGCUGCCGGGGUGUUUCGCGUACUGCCCGCAGCGCGAUUACUUUGUGACAAACAGCUCCUCCAUGAACCUCCUGUGCUACUCCUUUGCGAACCUCACCAGCAAUCGGGUGCGGUCCGAGACGCACCUGGGCGCCGAUGAGAACGACAUUGCAAACCCCCACGGAGACGCCAUUUCCCCGUCGUGGACGUUUCUGCUGGGGGAGGAGGCGGUAGGGAUUGAGGUCUGUCGCCAUACCCGUGGACUGAGUGCGGAGGACGCUGACAUUGUUGUGUUGUGCCACUACUCCCUAUUUGUGUUACGCCUCAAUGGGGAGAUGCGCUUUUCGAGGCGCCUGGACGUGGAGACGUUGUGCCUCACCACCUAUACUGUUCCCGGCGCUGAGGCCUGCAAUCUCCUUAUUGGCACCGUUAAGGGUUCCGUCAACGUGUACUCCGACGCGUCGCUCGACUGGAGCGCCAAGAUGACCACGAAUGCCCCUCAGUGUCUUGCUGUUGGGGAACUCCUCAAAACGAAGGGGAUGAUCGUGACACUUGCCACCGACGGUACGGUGGCUGUCAACUACCUUGGAACUGACCCGGAGGAGGAUCCCAUUCAGCCGCUGGAAAGCAAGGAGGCGGACUACGUUGAGAUGGAGCGUGAACUGCGACGCACGAUGCAUGCGAUCAAGCAGAGCUGUCGCGACGAUAAAGCCCCAGGGAAGGAAACCGCCGCAGUGGAAGGCUUACUGCGUGUCGAGUGGGAUGCUCUGCCAAGCGAAGUUGAGGGUCGAGACGGUGCGGUUACGAGUCCCUUAGUUUUUACUAACACGAGCGCCACUGACUCUGUGGGGGAGGUGACAAUUGCGGUGCAUGUCGUGGAGCCUGUCCGCGUUGACGUCCCCCAACAGGUGUUGGAGAACGUUCCAGCAGGUCAGACGGUGCGUGUUCCAUUUCGUUUUGACGCACAAAACAAUACUGACAUGAUUAUACCUUCUUCGCUUGAAGCACGUGCGGUUGUGACGUAUGCCGCCAGGAACGGUGCGAUCUGUACGGUGAGCGUCACCGCACGUCUCCCUUUAACCCUUGUGGCACGCCCCUAUCCCUCCCGUGAAAAAUGCGCUUUUUGUCAUGCAGCUCAACACCAAUAA